AUGGCUGCCAGCAACACCCAGCGCAUGCGGAUGGGUCUCGCCAUUCCCAGGCUGUACCGCGUCUUCUUCCUCGGCAUCGAGCCUGUGUCUGCCCUCAUCGGCGCCUAUUAUGCCCAUGUUCGUCCCGACGACUACUUGCACCUGACCCACGCCGUCUCCAAGCCGGAUGUCAUCCCUCAGGGUACCUCUAUCGUCUUGUCGCAGCUCGCGAACCUCUACCUCUUCUUCGCUCUCAACGAAGCCCUCGUUCUACGCUCGACGUCAGACCUGCGUGUGUGGAAGACGGUACUCUUCGUGCUGCUGGUGGCCGACAUCGGCCACUUGUAUACUGUCCGAAGCCUAGGUCCCGAAGUGUACUACAAUUUGCUCAAAUGGAAUGCCAUCGACUGGGGAAACGUCCCGUUCGUCUACCUCGGGGCGUCGAUGCGUGUCGCGUUCCUCGCCGGUGUAGGGUUGACCCGUCGCCGAACGCUGGCCGACAAGCAGCAGUAG